UUUCAGCUAUUUAAUACUUUGUUUAUCCUUUAUAUUUUAUGAUUUCCAUUGAUUUUAGGUUACAAAGUACAAAGUUUAAAUAUGCAAUCAUCUGCGUUCCAAGAAAGAAUUAAUCCGCAUUUCAUUAAUUUCUGUGGAAAAAUUGUUUCAGUUUGCGAAACGUUGAGUGAUGAAAAGGACGAAUUGGUUUCAGGAAUGAAUUCAUUAUGUGAGCCGAGGUUUCAAAUUAGCAACAGCUUGAAGAAGAAAAACAGAGAAAUGAAACUGAAACUAUAUGUGACGUCAGAAAGGGGAACUCCCUGGCGCUGAAGUUUGGUUUCGUCAAACUUGUUGGUACGAGAGAGUCUGUGUAAACAGAAAAUUGUAUGUGUUAGAAAACCUGCGAUUUUGUAUUAGUUUAGUUUGUAAAUUUGAGAAAUUUACAGACAUUGAACAUGAGUACAAAGUUUUAUGUGUCUUUAAUUGCAAAUGAGAGAGAAACUUUUAAUGUAAAUGAAGGAGCACUAAAAAAAGCUGCUGUUGAUGUUGCCCGAUCAUACAAUCAGAAAGCUUUAAAGAAAGGUUCUACUUAUCUUGAUUACAAUAAUGCUGCAAACCGAUGUGCUUAUAUUUAUAAAUAUGCAGAUAUACACACAGGUCUUGUGACUAAAUAUUUCCGAAAGUUGAUUAAAAAGAAAAAAGUUAAAAAGUUGCUGGAAUCUAAAAAUAAUUUAAAAAUCUGUUGUCUGGGAGGAGGUCCUGGCACAGAUAUUAUAGGUAUAUUUCGAGCCUUAGCAAUAUUUCCUGCUUUUCAUCAAAAAGUAUCAGAAGUCACAGUUCUAGAUAUUUGUGGAGGAUGGAGGAAUUCAUUCAAGCGAAUUAUAUCAAGCAUUAAAGAAGGAAAAGUAAAGGAGAUACCAGAAAAUUUUAUUGAUGAGAAAACAUUUGUUGCUCGCCUGACCUCUGUUGAUCUUCUUGGCUCCUUACCACAAGGAGUUGUGGACAUAAUUUCAAAUGCAGAUAUUAUAUGCAUGGUCAAAUUUGUAUCGGCAGUUCUUGGAAAGCCAGAAUCAAUAUCAGCAUUACAGGCUAUUGGACAAAAGUUCAAGCUUGGCUCUGUCGUCCUUUUCAUUGAUAAUUUCCAGGGAAAUGUAUCUAAAUCAGUAGAAGAUAUUUCUUCACAGAUUGGUCUUGAAAUUGUGCUGGGUCCAUUACAUGAGACGUACGUCUCCCAGAAAGGAAAAGCUAAUAAAGAAGUAUACGACUGCUUACCACAAUCUGCUGCUAGAGUUUCUGUUGUUGGCUAUGUUAAGAUUUUAAAACAGCUUAAUCCUAUAUCUGUUAACUCCUUACCAGAUAAUAUUUUGGAAGUUAGUAAUGAUGAUGACUGGAACACAGAUAGUGAUGAAGAUGAAAAUUUUCCUCUUUCAUUACAUCCCAUUGAAACCAUUAAAUGUAAUACCGAACCAAAAGAUCAUCUUUCAUUACUUCUUGGCAAAGACAAUAAAUCUGUUGUUAAACCAAAAAAUCUGCCACAUUUACCUAGGGCUGAAACCAUACAGAUAAACUGUGAACAUUCUGGUACUGUAUAUAAUAAAAGUGAACCAAAGACUGGCAGAGAUGAGACCGUACAGAAUGAACUUGAAUUAUUAGUUACUUCCUUAGGAAAGCUACUAACAGUUCUUGAAAAACUAUUAGAAAUAAAAAACUUAAAGAGAAAUGGAAGCUGUUGCUGCUGCUGUUGCUGUGUAAACUACAGGUAAUAAAAGGGAAUGAAAAUGCUAUAAAAUUUCCAACAAAAGUGAAAUUAUAAUUUUAUUCAUUUAUGAAUAAUGUUUACCAUGUAAUUAAUAUGAUUAAUUUAUGAAUAAUGUAAUGUAUUGUAGACAAGGAUUUAUUUCAAAAUUUCCCAUAAAGUUUUAAAAUUUUGCUUUUAUCUUCAGUGCCAUUAUCAGUGAAUUAGUUUUCCUUUAAUAUGCCAAUAAUAUGAUGGGUGCAUCUUUAUCAGUUUCUUUAUGGUUUGCAUUUUUGUUUGUUGACCAGUAUUAGGAAAUUUUGCAACACAUAUUUCACACUGAAUGCUAACAUACUAUUCUUAAUGAUUUGAAUCCAGAUUACUAUAUCAUGGAUAUUCAGUAAAAUGUUUCAUAUAGCCAAAAUAGAUUUGGAAUCGUUGUAUUUAUAUAAAAUGGUGGGAGUGUUAUGCAAACAUUUUUUUAACAUUGUUAUAUAAAUAUAAUUAAUGAUAAUUUUUUAAGACUUAUCUGUAAAAUUGAAUUUAUGUUAAAUUCAUUAUCUGAAAACUUUUUAAUAAUAAAAUUUAAACAGAAAUAUUGUUAAAUGUUUUGUACUGUGAAAUUUACAAUUUGUUGUUUAACUUUUAUGUAUUAUAUAAUAUACUGAACUCCUUAUUAUUCAUACUUAUUAAUACAUGAGUAUGCACAAAUAAUGAAAAAAGGUGAUAAAUUGUAAUUAAUUUCCGGGUACUAUAAAAAACUUCAGAAGUUUUAAAUGAAUGGAUACAAACUAUACUCUUAAAGAACAGUUCAAUUAAAACAGUAAUAAAAUUUAUAUAGGUGGAGGUAUUCUUCGAGGAAAAAAGAGCCUCUUUGAAGAGCCAUACAAACAUUUUCAGAGAGUAUAGCAAAUAUCUGAUGGCAUUAAAUCUGAAGUCAGCUUAUCCAUUGUGGUCUAACAACAUCGUUACCAUUUCAUUUCCCUACUAUGCGAAAUCAUCCUUCUGCCUUGCAUCUUUAUAUUAUUCUCUUUGCUUCAGGAAUGUGUUAAACUGAUAAAAAUACUGAAAUUUCAACAUUCUUGAAUAGCCGAGCAUAUUUCUAUUUCCUUCACCUACCAUAUACCACUUAAGCAUUUCAUUUAUUUUUUUAAUUUAUAUUUCUCAAAUUAAUGAAAUGAGUUAUUUGUUUUAUGUAAUGAGUUUUUUUUUUUAUUAUUUUCCAAAAUUCUUUAUGUUGGUGGUACUUUUUUCUGCACUUUCAAACUUGUUUUUAAUUUUUGGAGAACUGCUGAACAGCCAUACUGUAGUUGGAAUUUUCAGCAAGCCCGAUCACCUAUAGUUUAAAAUUUGCUGUAUAGAGAUUUCUCUUCCCCCUUAUCUUUCAGAUAAAAUAAGAAUAGCACAAAUACGACAGAUCAUACAAGAAAAAAAUGAAUGGAAAAAAAUUGAGCUAACUUCAGAUAGGGUUACCAGAGUUAAAACUAUCCUAAUUAGCAUCUGGCAUUUUACUUUACAGUGACUUCAUUUGAAAACAUUCUACCCAUACACUUGGCAACAUAUUUGAAAGUUAAAGGAAUUUGUUUUUCCCAUUUCAGUUUAUAUACAGAUUUUGAAUUUUGGGUAAAUUUUUGAAGAAAAAACAUGCUUUCAGCUUAUAUUUGGAAAUAUAUAAUACAUUUUCAAAACUUUGGAUACCAGACUAAAAUUCCACUCAGGCCUGAUGGUACACCAUUAAUUUCUAUUUUACUGCAUCUAAGACCAGUUUCUUUAGACAUAAAUUAGCAUUUAGCUCUUAACUUCUUUACUAGUUUUAGAGGCAAGAUUCGAAUCGUUAAAAAUCUUCUUUUCUAAAAAGGUUAUGAGUUUGGAUCUUGGGUAUUUCUCAAAACUUUCUGAGAUAAUACACAGAUAAUCUACUUAGUAUUUACUGGGAGUUUGUUAUUUAAGGUUAUAUUAGAAAAUUCAAAUAUAAAACUUAAGUUAAAACUAAUUUUUCUUUUAAAAUUUUAUAAUAUUGUAAUGUAUUUGCAUUGUUUUAUAAUAUUAUAAUGUACAUAAAUUUGAAGAUUAGUACAUAAUUUUUAUGGAUUCUUUAGUAAGCUACUCAUAUAGAUUUGUAUACAAUUAUAUUUAUAUAUGUAUGUAUUCAAUAAAACUGGUUGUGGGAA